AUGCUGCCAGAGGACCAGGUUUCUUCAAGAAGAGUUCUGGAUAUACCCGAAGCAUUGGAAACGCUCGAGCGGUGCUAUCGUUUGCUGGCUUCUGCUCGACCCGCGCGCACUCCACUCUCGGCUUCCUCUAACAGAGCUACACCACCACUGGUAUUGGGCAGAUUUCUCAAAAGACCCGUAUUUGACGCACUCAGGUAUAGAGUAACAAAACUAGAUCACGAUUUAUUCGACGUCAUUUGGCCGGCAGUCAAAAAACUACCAGACAAUCGGAACGUCGUUCAAACAGUAGAAGAAGAUUUUCCGGGAGGAGUGACGGCCCCUGACUAUUAUGUCUACGAAGUAUUUCAUGAAUUUUUGACCCCCUUAGUUAAAGACUUACACAAUAUCAAUGUGCACUCUGAUUUGCCACUGCAUCCACCUUCUGAUUUUGUGACGCAUCAAAGACCACAAACGAAGUCCUCCUCUUCGUCAUCUGAGCCACUAGUCGAAUUAAACAUAGACCCUAAUGAUGAGUUCGUGCUAUCGGGCACAAUAGAAUGUACAAGAAACCUACAAGGAUUCGAGUUACCCAUCAAUUUGAAAAUCGGUAAGCUGGAAACUAUAGAACGAAUCAUAACCACAAUCCUGAUGAAAGAAGAUUUUGCUAAAAUUACCGCACAAUCUAAUCCCGAGUCUGACCAAAAGGGAGGAACAUACUACACAUUGAAUGAAGUGUUGGAAAAACCAUCGGAAAUAUCAGCAACCUUGGCAUCUGCUGGGUUACUUAUCGCACUUUGUGACAGAGAAGAAAUCGAUGACUAUACCCGUUUGCAUGGAAAACACUGGCCUUAUGGUCGUGGAGUUUACAUCAGUGAUGACAAAACUCUAGCUAUCUGGAUAAACGUACACGACCAUAUACGGGUAAUGACGUCUACACCUGUAGAAUCACCUGGAGAGGUGGGGCUCCCGUUUAGCAAAAUGUUUACGAUCAUGGCAUACCUUCAUGAGAAAAUUGAUUUCGUAUUUGAUUAUAAACUUGGCCAUUUGUCCAGCAGACCAACAUUUUUGGGAUCGGGCAUCCGUUUCAGUCUAAUAGUAAAUUUUCCUGGCCUGACAAAAGAUCCUGAUAACAUGAAGCAUCUAUGUGCUAUGAGAGGUUUACAGUAUAGAGAGACUUUAAGUCCAGAUAUAGCCAGAAUCAGCAACUAUCAGUGUCUUAGUGUUACCGAGUCGAACUGCUUCAACGAUUUUACUACAGCAGCUUCAAAUUUAUUACACUUGGAGAAAGAUUUAUCGAUGCAAAACUCAGCGCACAUCGCUACAAUGCUGUCCAAUAUUUUCCGUCGGAAGAGAAGUAGUCUGACCGGCGCGGACACGUCCGACUACGAGAAGCCAUAAAAAAUUUAAUGAAUAAGUUUGUAGAUUAGAAACUUUAGAAUUUACUUUAUAAUGAUUAUAAUCGAAUGUUGGAAAGAUGUAGGUGCAGAUUGUCGUCGGAGUGGGAUCACCG